AUGCCCGCCCCUACGCAGAUGCCGCAGUAUCUCUAUAAGAUCGUCCCCGAGGCGCCGCCGUCGCCGCUACCGGCCGAGUACCCCCUCUCGGACCUCGAUCGGAACGACGGCUUCAUCCACUUGAGCACCGCCGAGCAGGUCCUAGGCACGGCGGAUCGCUUCUUCUCCGGCGCCACCGGCCUCUGGCUCCUCAAGCUCCCCUACGCCGUCCUGGAGGCGCAAAUCCGUUGGGACGAACUCCCCGCCGGGGCCGGCUGCUUCCCGCACCUGUACGGGCGCAACUUUGGCGCCGCCGACGUCGCCGACGCCCGCGGCUUCACCAGGCCUGAGGGCCGGGCCUGGAGUGAGGUUCUCCGAGGGGACGCCUGGCUGUCGUGA